UCCAGACUGCUUGUUACAUGAUCUCCUGGAACACAGCGCUCCCUCGAUACGCCAUGGCUGCUUGGGUCGCUCUGGUUUUGCGGUGCAGAAAGCGCUGAAGGAUGCCACACUGAUCCGGCAUUGUCUGACCUUUCCUUCCCCUUCUCCUCCUGUGAUCUUAACCCGUCUCUCCGUCUGUCUCCCUGACCUCCCCCCUCACUCCCUGUCUCCUGAUUCCUGCUGCCACCCCCUCGACAAUGUUACCAUGCAUUAACUGGCUGCAGCCUCUCCUUGCCUUGAUCUCUUCCAUCUUGCUUACACGAGGCCACAACUGUCCAUCCAGCUGUUUGUGUCCAGACCACCACACUGUGGACUGCACCAGCCAAGGUCUAACAAGAGUCCCGGACUCCAUCCCUCUGGACGUUCGCCGUCUCCUGCUCCCCAACAACUGGAUUACCUGGAUCCCUUCCGACUUCCUGGUCCUCUACAGCGAUCUGGUCUACCUGGAUCUAAGGAAUAACUCCCUCUCCCAGCUGGAGCCAGGGACCCUGAGCACCUCUUCUAGAUUAGUCUUCUUGGACCUGGGGAGCAACAACCUGACAGAAAUCCCAUCCGGGACAUUUGGGGAGUCCAGGAGUCUGAUCAAACUGCGCCUGGGAAACAACCCCUACCUGAACAUGAUCGGCAGGGACGCCUUCAUGGGGUUGACUUCUUUGCGGGAGUUGGAGCUGGAAAGAACUGGUCUCACGGAGCUGGACGUCAGCGUCCUGGAGUCCCUGCCCUCCCUCCGGAUGUUGCGUCUGGAGGGUAACCCCUGGCUCUGCAGCUGCCACUUUGCCAAACUCUUUGUAUGGCUGACAGAGAACCGCCACAAGCUCCCAAAGGGUAUGGAGGGGAUGGAGUGCUCCCUGCCUCUGGAUGGCCGUCGGGUUCCCCUCAGUUUACUCUCUGAAGACAGUUUCCGGGAGUGCCGCGGUACCCUCACCCUCACCGACUACCUCAUCGUCAUCUUCUCUGGCAUCUCCGUCUCAGUGGUGGCCAUUGUAGCCAGCUUCUUCCUCGCCUCCACAGUCCACUGCUUCCAGCGCCUCAGCAAAGGCAACAAAGGAGACGAGGAAGAAGGGAACGACUGAUGGGGGAAGGGAAGGACUGAUUUAAUUAAACGCAAGUGUUUUAUGCAAAACUCUUGCUCAGAAGUCCUGUUGGUAUCCCAGAGAAAGCUCGACAAAACAGGAGAGCAAGCAGAGAUCUGUGGUGGGGAGGGAGGAAAAGCUCUUCACCUGUCAAAUCCAAGAUCACACUAUGAGAGUCACCGACACAUCGGAUAGGCUCGAAUCACUGUGAAGGUAGAGGUUUCUGCUACUGCGUACAGGAGCGACUGUAGAGACGCUGGGCAGCACAGAAAGCUGGAGUACAGUAAUCACUAGUUCAUGAAACAGAUCUGCAGUCCUUCUCAUUAAGAGACGGGUAAAUGUGUUCUAGAUAGAGAUGAACUGGCAAGCGUGUGUCGUCAUUCUGGGACAACAGGGAAUCAAAGAUGGCCGAGCACUGCAAGGUUUUAACUAUACAGGUAGGAAGAGGCCAUAGUGGUCAACAAGUCAUGGUCCAACCCAGGCAAAGCAACUACCUGGUUGCAACCUGGUUUCAAGACAUCCACUGAGAGGGUCCUAUGGGACAGCUGGUGGAUAAGUGCCUUGCUCCACACAGCAUCUUGGUUGUUAAAAGACCACUUGAUAGGAUUUGAAGAUGAGCUUUUUGAAAUAUACUGAAGCAAAGAUAUUUCCAGUACAGCAAACAGUAGCAGAGUAUCUGGACGGUCCCUCCUCACAGAGCCUGCAGCCUGCUGAAGGCAGCUGUACAUUACACAGUAUGAGAGUAUAACUUCUGUCCAUUUUACAUGCUGUAGUUUUCACAAGUAACACUUUGUUUUCCUGUUUACUGAGCUUGAUUUAUACUCUUUAUUACACAAAGACUCCACAGGGGACCAGGCAGGUAUUCAGUCGGCUCCAUCGCCACUAUUCUUGUGACAGACCCAAAAAAGUUUCAGCUGCUUGACAAGUUGUGUCCAGAGUUGUCUAGCUUCUGUCUAACUGCCCAUCUGUCCUCACAGGUUAAUGCUCCCCGUUGUUGGGUUUUGGAAAGGCUUUCUGGUCUUUUCAGGGUACAUGGGCACACUUCUAAAUUAUGAUACCAUAUCUGACAAAUUAGAUUAUUCUCCCAUUCAGACACCAGAGCUUCGGUGUAGCUGAGUCUGGCUCACAGUUCCAGUUCAUCCCAGAGGUGUUGGAUGUGAUUGAGAUCAGGACUCUGAGCAGACCAGUAUUCCACACCAAACUGGGAAAAGCAUCUAAAAUCUAAAAACUGGAACUCCCAUCCCCGUGUUUCCUGUCAAAUCAUAUGUUCUGCACAGCAUGCGGUUCACUUAAUGAAAUACACAGAAGAAGGGGGCAAUGAAAUAAUAUUAAUCAUACCAUAAAUUAGAUAAAGCUAACUAGUUGCUACAUUAUAUUGAAGCCGCCUGGUUAACUACAUGUAAAGCAAUCCCACAUAGAGAUGGUCUAACAGAGCAAAGCAGCUGCCACCGUGGCCAAACGCUGAAGCCUGAAGGUGCCUUAAUAUUACUAGCAGUCAUCCAUGUGUUAGCUUCAAAUCUAGAACUGAAUCUAUCUUUUAAUAAAAGUAAGUAUUCUUUUUCUGCCAGAGUGAGUCCUCUCAGUCAGGACCAUAGCUGACUCUGAGGACAAGACAGGGAAGUUGGGGUUUCAGCAACAUACAGUUAAAAACAUGAUGAGUAUCUUUCAGGCUGACUCCAGUAUUUCAGUUUUUCUCCAACAGAAUUGAGGAGAACGCUUUGAAAUUGCAUGUAAAUGUUUGUUUUACAUGUUUAUCGUUUCUUCAUAACGUCCCAGGAAGGAUGAUAUCAUCUUGUACAAUUGAUAGAGAAAAUGGAGACAGUUAUUUAGGUGUUUUUUAAAUUGUGUUGAGUUCAUAAGCAGUAGCUGAUUUUCAGAAAGGUGUUUCCAACAUGGUCUCAGUAGCUACGAUGUUUCUCCUAAUGGCUUUAUUUAUAGAGAUUUGAGGCCUGAGGGUCGGCACAUCCACAUUUUUCCACAGUAUAUUUUGCAACAAGCAUCAUAUUCUGUGCAGUGUUACAUCUCUGAUGCUCGAUUAUUUGCCGCUGGAACAGUAUUUGGACACAUCUCCAAGGCUGUCAGUAUUUUGCAUGUUGUCUUCAUGAACCUUUUGUUCUGAUCUCUGCUGUCAUCCAUGUUUCUGUCAGAAUACGUACAUGUGUUGACGAACUGUAGAUGGUAAUCGGUCAGUUCUCUGCAGAUGUUGUUUCUCCGCCCCGGCUCAUCAUCAUGCCGGUCUUUCUCGCUGCUAACUGACACUGUCUUCCCUGUUGAAGAAUAUGGGGACAUGAACCUCAUCAGAAAGGCAAUGAUUGAAGAGCAGUGGUACACACUAUGAGUCUCGGUGCAGUUACUUGGGUGCCAACUGGAUUUGUAAUCUCCAAUUUAAAAGGGCUUAAUGUGUUGUGAUUACCGAGGAUGAACCGGCACUCUGAGGACGUUUCAGUGUGUGUGGGUGAUAGAGCAACAGGA